GUGCUUGAAGUAGACUUUCACGGCAUCGACAAGGACCGUACAAUCAAGACGGUAGUAGUGCGGAAUCAUCCAUUUGAAGAACCGUCAAUAGCUUCGCAUAAUGUUUUCAUGAUAUAGGAACACAAUACUACCAUAUUCUUCAUGCAUUGAGUAGCGGCCCCCACCUGUUGUGCAGUCCUCAUGUUUUAUCUCGGUCGCAAUUCUGAAUCAGGCUACUCAUCAGAACCUCGUUGCGAUGAUCGCAUGUAUUCAAUUCUCUGGGUCAGAACCUCCUUACGCAGUUCUUUUUCCAUCUACAUACCACGAGAGGCGUCUCCUGGCUGUAUAAGAAUACGGCGAGGUUUUUCACAAAGCUCCAAGAUUCCUGCGCAACCACAUCAGCAUCUCAUCCUCAUCUUACGCCUCUGCCUAUGUCGCAAACCCCACCCCCCGCCAUUACUGAUUUUCCAAUUAGGAAAUGUGUUGUCAGCCGUGCCAGCAUGCUGUACAAUCACUGGGUCACAGUUUUUCAACAUGAAACUUAUCGAGCUCCGCUCCCGGGACACAUGUACUAUGUCAGGUACAACCAUCGUACCUCACCUACUACUAUAGAGCAGCGAUUCCUUGUCCUCUCCGAGUCUGCUCUUGGUGACCAUGCCCCGUUCGGAGAGGCCGAGCGUGCCCGCACUGUCUACGAUCCCGCUAAUCUCGGACCCCCCGUGUAUUAAUCCUGAAUCCAGGCUUUGUACCACGGUUCCCAAUGUGCAGGUUUUUCAGGGUUACGUGCUUGUGUUUGUAUGAUAGCUAACAUGGAUCAUGUACUUGUAUCAGCGGCAGAGAAUCCAUUUUAGUGUACUUGUAUCAGCGGCGGAGGAUCCAGAAUAUUAUUGUACGAUUAUGUCCGACCCGCACGUUGUUCAGGCGGAUUGCGAUACACGGGGUCCGCUGUGAGUUU